AACAUUUUUAUUAAGGGUGAGCAACCGGGUCGGUUCAAUCCGGAACCGAACUGAACUUGCCCAACUCUACACUUGUUCACACGAGAACCGCUCAACUCUCAUGUAAAAAUUCUGGGAGCCAGCCUUAGGAAGAACCGGUUUGAAACAGUUCAGAACGAUGCUAAAUCUUUUAUAUCUAAGACCCUCACUACUUUCUUUUGGUUCUCACUCUCAUCGCUAGCAUCUCUCUUAGACUCUCUAGUCUCUCAACUUUCCCCAGCAGUGCCCUCGAUUUCUCUCUUUCUGGAGUCUUGCCGACGCUGUCUCAUCUCAUUUCUCUCUCUUGGUCUUGCCGACACCGUCUCCUGUCCUCCUCUCUUGAUCUCGCCGGUUGUGGCCUCGCCUUUGUCGGUCAGCCGUCGAUCAGCCCACUAUUAGCCAGAGAGACAAAGAAAGAGAGAUACAUAGAACAAAAAUGGCGGAAGCUGUCAUCCUCAGCAUUACUGGAAAGAUCGUUGAAUAUCUGGUUCCUCAAGCACUAGACAAGGUUGGAAAGUUAUGGGGGGUCAAGCAAGAACUCGAGCUGCUCAAGGACACUGUCUCCAUGCUUCAGCCUAUGCUAGACCAUGCAGAAGAACAAUACCACCAUAAUCCCCAAAUCCAAGAUUGGGUUGACAAACUGAAAGACGCUUUCUAUGAUGCGCAGGACGUGCUUGAAGAAUUCAAUAUAGAAGCUAUGCGACGAGAUCUGAGAGGCCACAAUGAAAUGAUGAAGGAGGUAAGGACAUUUUUCUCAAAUUCAAACCAGCUUGCUUUUAAAUUGAAGAUGAGUGACAAAGUAAGAGCAGUGAGGGAGAGAAUACAUGCCAUUGAGGCUAAAAGGAAAUUUUACUUGGAAGAGCGCCCCGUGGAUUCACGAGCAGAGAGAGAGUGGAGGAAGAGAAAAGAGAUGCGUGCGUUUAAAUGUGAGAGAGAUAUUACAGGGAGGGAUGAUGAUAAGAAGAGGGUUAUGAAAAUUUUACAGGAUUUAGACGUGAAAGAGAACAUUUCCAUCCUUCCAAUAGUUGGUAUUGGCGGGCUUGGAAAAACGACUCUCGCUAAAUCUGUGUAUGAAGAUAGUAAAUUUGACUUGAAAAUGUGGGUUUGUGUCUCUGAUGACUUUGACAUGAAAAAAAUAAUGAAAGACAUUAUAGCUUGUGCAAAGGGGAAAGAAUCAAGAGAGGUUGCACCGGAACAGUUGCCAAGUGAACUGAGGGCAACAAUUGAUGGAAAGAGAUAUCUCUUAGUUUUAGAUGAUUGGUGGAAUACAGAGCGAGAAACAUGGCUGGGCUUGAAAACUUUAUUGGUCGGAGGUGCUAGAGGGAGCAAGAUCCUUAUAACUACACGUCUUCCUUCGGUUGCGAUGAUCACCGGUGCUCCGCCUUAUCUCCUUGAGGGCUUAUCUGAAAGUGCAUCUCUUGAUUUAUUAUUACAAAUGGCUGAUCGAAAAAUAGAGGAGAUACAAGAAUCUGACAUGCUAGCCAUUGGCAAAGAGAUAGUUAGAAAGUGCUCUGGGGUCCCAUUGGUUGUUCGAAUUGUCGGCAGUUUACUAUUCUUUAAAAAAAGUAAACAUGAAUGGUCACAAUUCAAAGAUAACGAGCUUCCGGAUGUGUUUCAAAGGGAAGACAGCAUAAAAUCAGUUCUUAAACUUAGUUAUGACCAUCUUCCUUCACAUUUGAAACAAUGUUUCGCAUUUUGUUCAUUGUUUCCCAAAGAUUAUGAGUUAAAGAAGCAGACUUUGGUCGAUCUUUGGCUGGCAGAAGGAUUUAUCCGGCAAUCAAAUACAAGUCAGCAUUUAGAAGACAUUGCUCAUGGAUAUUUCAUGGAUCUACUAUGGAGUAACUUCUUCCAAGAUUUUCAAAAAGAUCCACUCACGAACGAGGAGACCUACAAGAUGCACGAUUUGAUGCAUGAUCUAGCUUGCUUAGUUGCAGGGACCGAGUAUUGGGUGGCAUUGGACGACGCAAAAUCCAUACAUGAAAGAGCUCGUCAUUUAUCUCAUCGUUUAAAUUCCAAUAUUAUGGGUAAACUUCCAAUCUCACGCUUGAAAGCAAGUCCCCUGAGAACAUUUCUGUCUGUCGCUAGAUAUGGGGAAACUAGAUCAAGAGGACCAAUAAGUGAAGCAGAUCUACGCCUACUCAUUCAAAGUUUCAAAAAGUUACGCAUAUUGGAUCUGCAUGACACAUGUGUGGGGGAGGUGCCAAGGUCCAUUGGUAAGUUGAAGCAUCUCACGUAUCUCGAUCUCUCUGACAAUUUUGAACUCAAAAGGCUUCCUAACUCCAUUACGAGAUUGCAGAAUUUGCAAACACUUAAUCUCAAUUGUUGUGUCCACCUUAAAGAAUUGCCGAAGGAUAUAAGGAAGUUAGUCAACCUUCGAAAUCUAGACAUAUAUGAAUGUAAUGAACUUGGUUAUGUGCCAUACGGACUAGGGCAAUUGAGUUAUCUGCAUAGGCUAACGCGCUUCAUUUUGCCCAAAGAUAAAGCUCUUGCUAAGGAUUGUUGCGAGCUUGGGGAGCUAAAUGGGCUUAAUGACAUUCGAGGAAACCUUAGCAUUGAAAAUUUGGGAAGCGUGACGGAUGUGGUAGCAGAAUCCAAGGCAGCGAACUUGAUAGGAAAGCAUUAUCUGGAAUCUUUGCAACUUAAAUGGGGCGAUUUCGAUACCGAUGAUGCAAUAAUCGGGAAUAGAGAUGAUGAAGCGCUGUUAGGUGGACUGCAGCCGCAUUCAAAUCUGCAGUACUUGACGAUCUGGGAAUAUAAAGGUGAGAGCUUUCCAAAGUGGUUGACGGAAAACCUUGCGCCUUCCUUGCCAAAUUUAGUCGAGGUACGCAUCUUCUUUUGCGGAAGAUGUAAACGUCUCCCUCCACUAGGCCAACUACCUCGCCUCAAGUUUUUAUCGAUUUGGAGGAUGCCUGAAUUGGAAGACAUCGAGCCAAGCCAUUCAUCGACUUCAACACCACCAUUUCCUAGCCUAUUGGAAUUAUGGAUCGAUGGCUGUAUGAAAUUGAAAGCCAUGCCACAAACUCCGCAUCUCGAGAAAUUGAUGCUGGCUGAGUCCAACCCAGCAUUGAUAAAUAUGAUAUUUGAGCUUAAUAAAUUGAAGAGCCUGGAAAUCAGGGAUACGGAGCUUCCAGAAUGUUUGCUUGAGGAGUGUUUGAAAAGCCUCACCUCCCUCGAAUCUCUUCGCAUCGAUAGAUGUCAUCGGUUAACUUCCCUCUCACCGCAGCAUCUAUCGAACCUCGUGGAUCUCCGUAUUUGGAAUUGUAAGGAGUUGGAUUUAUCCAAAGGCGAAAGCGGCAACAUCAACAACGACUUGGAUUUCCAUGGAGGACUUCAGAAUCUCCGCUCCGUGGAUCUCGGUCUCCUUCCAAAACUGGCGUCUCUCCCGCGGUGGCUUCUACGGCUCCGCAAUGUCGAGCGCCUCAUCAUUUGCUGGUGCGACAAUUUGAAGGAUUUACAAGAUCUCGAGGCCCUCCAAUCGCUUCAGCUGCUCCAAAUCCACGCGUGCCCCUCGCUGACGUCAUUACCCGAAGGGAUGCGAAGGCUCUUAUCCCUUACUUACCUGAGCAUCUCCGGUUGCCCAGAAUUGGAGAGGAGGUGCGAGAGAGAUGGAGGCGAGGACUGGGACAAGAUCGCUCAUAUCCGCCAUGAU